AUGCCGCUCAAAGUCAUCGUGGUCGGCGCCGGGAUUGCCGGUCUGUCAGCGGCGAUUGGACUCGCAAAGAAAGGCCUUAAAGUCGAAGUGUACGAGAGGAGAGUAAUAGGUGCAAGAGAUGAAGGGCGAGCUGGUAUCGCGCUGGGUCCGAACUGUGACAGGGUACUGCAGGAAUGGGGCAUGUUAGAGGGCAUGCCAUCGAUAUCACACGACUCUGAAAAAGUCAGCCUGGGAACAAACUCGGACGGAAGCAUUGUUCUUGUUGAUAUCAAACGGAGGGGUCACAGUUGGUGGGGGCAGAGACAAGCAUUCAAAGAGUACUUCCGCGACCAUGCCAUCAAAGCUGGGGCGAAAGUCUCUGACGGAGCAAGGAUGGUGAAGGUCGACCUGGAGAAGCCUAGCAUCACGCUGGAUGACGGUCGAGAAGUACAAGGCGACUUCAUCGUCGCUGCAGACGGAGCCAAUUCGAGGAUUCGCCAGACGCUGUUCCCAGAGUUCAAGCCGAUGAUACGGGAACAGGCGACGUUCCAGGUGAUGCUGCCGCUUGAGCAAGUUGAGAAAGACAAAGUGUUGCGGACGUUGAAGCUGGACAAGUACGUCAACAUAGUGGUCAGCCCUGGGCGCAGCAUUUUCAUGGCUCCUACACCACAUCAGCACGUAUUCGAUUUGCAGUUCACAGAUCACGAGUUUCCAUUCUCGGAAGAUCCUCAUCCAGACAAGACCAACGAGACGUUGACCGAUCUGACGUGGAUGAAGCAGCGCUGGCACGACUUUGGCCCAGCGGUGAGGAAAGCGCUCGACAGCGCAAAUUCGGCCUUCAAGUGGCGGUUCACAGAAGUAAUGGGCGUCCCACGCUGGUCGAGUCCGAACGGAAAAGUCGUUCUCGUGGGAGACUCAGUCCAUGCACAAACCCCGUUCGCCGGCCAAGGGAGCGCAAUGGGCAUGGAAAGCGGUGCGCUCCUUGCUGAGCUCAUCGCCCACAGCCAACCCGGUGAUGAUCUAUCGCCUCAGCUGGCCAUCUUCGAGAAGAUUCGCAGACCACGAUGCGAGCUCGCGCAGGAGCUAUCACUGAUCAGCGGAGACAUCUGGGCGAUCCAUGAUGAGAAGGCGAUCAAGACCAGAAACGAGAUGUGGCGCCAUGCGAAUGAUCCUGGCUAUGAGGAGGUCAAGCCGGAUAUGAAGGCCAAGUUUGGUAGUCCGCAGUUCACCAAGUGGAUGGACAAGUACGAUGUCUUCCAAGUAGCCAGGGAUGAGUUGAACAGGGCCAGAUUGUAA